UCCGUUAAUAUUUCCCCCUCCUUACCUCCCUCUACUCCCACCCCGAGACAAGAAAAAGUUUACCGUAAAAAAAAAUAUCCAAACGGGGACAACAAACAUUAUCUCCAAUUAAAUACCGUUUGGGUUUUUUUCCUUCGAUUCGCAAGUUCGAAAUCACACAGCUUGUCCCUUACACUCUCUCUCUCUCCUCCUCCUAAGCGCGCUCCUUGACUCCCCCUCCCCCUUCCCCCGCCCCCGCCCGCAACUCCUUCAGGAACAACUUGAAGUGUCCCAAAGACCCGCCUCCUCCAGACAUGAGCUCCUUCAGGCUUGCCCACUUUCUCCUGCUGGCACUGACCAUGGCAAUCCUCGGAUCCUCUACUACUUCGGCUCACAGAGUGUUGAAAGGAGGAUGUCUUAACUACGGCCACUCCUGUCUUGGAGCCCACGGGAAAAGGUCCUCGAACACCCUAGGAGAGAGUCGGUCUGCCACGCCCACUCUACAGCCUGCCUUGCCACGCCCACUUCUGGACAUCCUCCUGGACGCCCUGAGCUCAGCUACACGCCCAGGUUCUCAGAGCUCCGCCCACCCUCAGUUCAGACAGAGAACACACUCCUUCAGGUUGCCAAGUGACUCCGCUGCCAACGCCUCUCCCCGCGGUCUGCUCCUGGAGGAUGUGAACGAGGCCGGCGUGCGCGUCAUGGCGGAUGGGAACGAGGAAUCCACUCCCUUCGGUUAUACUACUAAUGAUCAGGAAACAGAGGAUGCUCUCUAUGUUUUCUCUCCUGUUGAAGAUUACAGCGAGGCCCGCUAUAGAAGGGAUGCUGGAAAAGCCUCAGCCAAGGACACGAUCUCCGCCCAGGACGACCCUCUCGCGAAGGCAUCGAAGAGGCAGGGGACAGGACCAAGGGACGGCCUCGAAGCCACACGGGACGAGAGGAUGGGGAUGGACGGCCGCUCAGCACAGCCCAGGAGGAUUGUGGAUCUGCAUAUUCUGGCGAACUGGGUAAGGCGAUGAAUGACAACAACAACAAUAGCAACAGUAUCAACAACAACAACAACAACAACAACAGGACAAUGAAGAGUAUACACACAGAAGUUCUGGAUUUGGUCAACUACACACACAUGUAUUUUAAGGAAUGAUUCAUCCUUAUCCAGUAACUUUUCUAUUUUCUCUCUCUUUUCACGUGAUUUUUUUAUUAUUUUUCUCUCUCACGAACAAUACUGUAUCUUGCUAAAUGGCGCAGCAUCCUUCGCUAUCCAAUAAAAAAUAUCCUUAACC